GCCCUCGCGCGCCGCCCAGCCUCCAGCGCGCGGCCUUCCCAGCCUGCCCCGCGGCCGCCGGCCUUGCCAAGCGGCACCCGUUGUGCCUCGCCGGCGGCGGCGGCGCCGUCCCGUCCCCGCGGCCCUGAGAGCCCCCGAGCGAGAGCCGAGGCCGCUCCGCCCUCCCCGCCAUGCCCCCCAAGAAGCAGCAGCAGCCGGCGGGGGGCAGCAAGAAGGCGGACCAGAAGAAGAAGGAGAAGAUCAUCGAGGACAAAACAUUUGGCCUAAAGAAUAAAAAAGGUGCGAAACAACAAAAAUUUAUCAAGGCUGUGACUCACCAAGUUAAAUUUGGUCAGCAAAAUCCACGUCAGGCUGCUCAAACAGAAAGUGAGAAGAAAUUAAAAAAAGAAGAUAAGAAAAAAGAAUUACAAGAAUUAAACGAACUCUUCAAGCCUGUGGUUGCUGCACAGAAAAUUAGCAAAGGUGCUGACCCCAAAUCUGUAGUUUGUGCUUUCUUCAAGCAAGGACAGUGCACUAAAGGAGACAAGUGCAAGUUUUCUCAUGAUUUGUCUUUGGAAAGGAAGUGUGAAAAACGAAGUGUCUACAUUGAUGCAAGAGAUGAAGACCUUGAAAAAGAUACAAUGGAUAACUGGGAUGAGAAGAAGCUGGAAGAAGUGGUGAACAAGAAGCAUGGUGAGGCGGAAAAGAAAAAACCCAAAACUCAAAUAGUCUGCAAAUAUUUCCUUGAUGCUAUUGAAAACAACAAAUAUGGAUGGUUUUGGGUCUGUCCAGGCGGAGGAGACAACUGCAUGUAUCGUCACGCUCUCCCUCCAGGUUUUGUAUUAAAAAAAGACAAAAAGAAGGAGGAAAAGCAAGAUGAAAUUUCUUUAGAAGAUCUAAUAGAAAAAGAGCGUGCUGCCUUAGGACCAAAUGUUACCAAAAUUACUCUAGAGUGUUUUAUUGCAUGGAAGAGAAGAAAAAGACAAGAAAAAAUUGAUAAGGCUGAGCAAGAUAUGGAGAGGAGGAAAGCAGAUUUUAAAGCUGGCAAAGCAUUGGUGAUUAGUGGACGUGAAGUAUUUGAGUUUCGACCAGAGUUGGUUGAUGCAGAUGAUGAAGAAGCAGAUGACACCCAUUAUAUUCAAGGAACGGGAGAAGAUGAUGAGGUGGAAGACCCUGUGUGCAUAAAUGAUGUAGAUUUGAACCUGUAUGUCCCAAAAGCUGUAGAUGAGACUGGUAUUACUGUGGCUAGUCCAGAGCGAUUCAGCACUUACAGUUCAAUAGAAAAAGAUGAUAAUAAAUUAAGUGAAGCUUCUGGUGGUGAUAUAAACAUCAGUGAGCCAAAUGAUAUAGAGGAAGAUAAUGAUGGAGAUGGGGAGUUGGAAAAUGGAGUAAUUGAUGCCGUUCCAGUUGAUGAAAAUCUUUUUACUGGAGAGGACUUGGAUGAACUAGAAGAAGAACUGAACACUCUUGAUCUAGAAGAAUGAAUUAAAAAGCUCAAGCGAGGAAUUAAAUCUAUGUGACAAAGUGAAAACUGACUAUGCUUUUUCUCCUUUUUGAAUAGAAUUCUUAAACAGGAUGUUUAUGGUUACCCAGCUGAUUCUGAUGGGCACAUCAUAGGAAUAUUUUCCUUCAAUCUCAUCUACUCCAAUCUCGACUAUGCUCACAGUAAAAUAUUCAAAGUAGUUCAGAAUUACCUGACAGAUGAAUCUGCAGAAAAUGAGGUUAUAACUUUCAACUAAAAGUAGGAAGUGUAACUGCUUUGCCAGUAUGCAAGUAAAGUGGGCAAUUUGAUACCAGGUACAGUAAAAAAAGUGAAAGUAUACAUUCUUCACCUGAACUGCGUUUUUAUUAGUGAUUGUGUUGAUUUAGAAACUGCCUGAAGUGUUUUUAGGCAGUAUACUCUAAUGGAGCUGAUGCAGAUUAUGCUUCUUUAAGUGGUGAUUAGCUUUAUUUGAUCAGCUGGAUACUGAAGAUACAGAUUGUGAACUGAUACGUCAUACAAUACAAUAUGGUGCCCUCUGUUUAAAAUGUUUUAAAGUUUCCCACCUCCUUUUGCCAACAAAACUGUAAAUAAAAACUAUCAACUUUAAAAUACCUGUGUUGAUUUUUCUCUGUUAAGUUAGGAUAUCACACCAAACUGUUAAUAACUUCAUUUUCUAAUGUAGUGAUAAGCAUUUUUCUCUCCAGUCCUGAUAUAGAAGUGAUGGUGUUGGCUUCAGUUAAAUUAGGGCUAACUGCAAUUACAACUUUUUUUCUACACUUCAUGCAGUAUAAAAUCCAGCAGAUGACUCUCUUCCCCUACUGUUCUUAUCUCCUACCCAUCCAUUAACUGAUUUAAUACAUGCUAUACAUCACUCAUUGCUAUUUGAGUCUCAUUCUUUCCCCACUGGGUUUUUUGUAUUGGUGAUGACUUCAGGCUCCGCAGAGCAGGAAUGUUAUGGUCUAGAAAAUGGCUGUCAUAUCUUUCGUGUUCUAUAAAUAAUGAAGUUACGCGGUAGUAAGUUGCCUCAAAGGGGAGCAGUGUUGUAUCCUGCAGGGGGCACUUAACUGUCAGGCUUAAAUAAAAGGCAAGGUGUCCUUUUAAACUUCAUUGAAUCCCUGCCAUUAAGAUGGCUUGGUGCUUUUUCAAGGGAGCUGUAGGUUAUGCCUCCUGGCCGUGCUCCUAAUAGUAUCUGCAACAGUAUUGCUGUACUAAUGAUGCUGUUUAUAUUGAUUUUUUUUUUCUAAAGCUUUUAAAUUACUACUUAAAGACCACUAAGAUUCAUGGCAUUGUUAGCAAGCUUUCUCGAACUGCUUUUGGCUGGUAAUAUUAGCUUUAAUAGUUCUGACACUGCUAAAUUGACUCUUGAAUACUAUUUCUAAAAUAGCUGAUUUAGACACUUUUUGUCCUUUUUGGGAUCUUUGGAAUUUCUUUUCUCCUACAGGAACAAGAAGCAGUGUUUGGGAGACAGAGGCCUACUGAAAUUGACUUCUAAAAUGUAAGUGUUUAAGGAAUAAAGCUGCAAUAUCAGAUAUACAUAUUUAUUUAUGGAGAUUUUUCUCCUAUGGCCAUAAAUAAACAGUGUUGACAGAUUAUUGUAUUAUACUGGCCAGCAAUAGGAUACCUGGAUAUCGGGACGCUUAAGAAUGUGGUUCAUAUUUGAAUGUAUGAUGCAUAAUUUUUCAAAGUUGUAUAUUUUAAAUUGGAAUAAAAGUAAUUUAAUCAUUAUCAAGGAUUAAAAUGGCUUUCUAUAUUUUGUGUCUUAGAUGCUGGUAUAUUAUAUAUAAUGCUGAUUUCUAUAAUACUGAUCUGAUUCACUGAUCUAAAUAGGCUAAAUCUUUGCCACAGUUGUGUCAAUGUUGUUAAUUAUUUGCAUUUUACGGUGAAGGAAUGAUAGAGUAACUCAUACUAUUCAGGUAAUAAAACACAGAUGGGCAGAAUGUGUGUGUGCUCUUUUGGGUCUAAAGGGCUCAGUUGUGGUGCAUAACUCCUUUGUGCACGCGUCACUUGAACAUUAGGGCAGUUGCCUUGCAUGGUAUUUGAAUAUGUUGAAUAUCUGUGCGUUGAAGAAAAACUUAUUUUUCAUAGGCAGUAGUCACUGACACAUUACUUCACGUGGUCAGGAAACAAUAGUUUGCUAUCCCUUUUUGGUUUUCACUCUUCCCUUUCAACUUACUCUGGCACUUCUGACUGGACUUGUUCUAGCGUCUUGUUUUGCUUGGUAUGUCUAGAUUUCUAACCAUGAAAGCAAGGUGACUGCUUGUAAAGAAGUCUUUGUUAGUAUAGCAUUCAGGCAUGCUUCUAAGGAUUAGUAGCACUAUGCGUCGUCUUCUUCCUUCUGCUUGAAUAUAGGCUUGAAUAUAACCUGAUAAAAGUUCUCAAUCCUGUGAGUUAAGCCUAAAUUUGCAGCUGACAGGGAGUUUCAGUCAAAUGCUCAAUUAAAAAUGAAUGCAAAGACCUUACUUGGGGUAGAUUAAUUUUGGGAAACUUGCAUCAAUGAGAACAACUCAGUGGUAAGUCACAUUCAGGUGGACUCUAUUCUAUCACAGUGCUUAUUUCCAAGAUAUUCAAAAUUAAUCUGAUGUAAAGUGAAUGCGUCACGGAAAAAUGAGAUACAAUCUGAAUCCUAAAAUAGUAGUAUCUUCACUUCGGUGACUGUCCAGUUUGUAUGGGUCAAAAAUACAGUAUUUCACUGUUACAGGAGUAGGAAGGCUCUGUCUGAGACACUUACUGGGUCGAGGUCAGGCUGUAAAGGAUCAUAAGCCUGGCGAGAAGCACCUCUGCAAUAAAACUUAUUCCCAUCCCUUGCAGCCUGCACCACUGUUUGCAUCAUCUUGUUUAUCUCAUAACUCCAAUGAAUACUAUGUGGGAAGUGUAGUGUAGCUAUGGCAUUAAUAUUUCUUGAGGGAAUAUGCUAAUGUAGCAGCUUUAUUACUGGACACCAGUGCAGACAAACCCAUUAUUUAAAAAAAUGCUGUAGAAAACCCAUGCCUUUCCUUCCUGGUGCUUGCUGUUGUGGAAGUAGCAUAUUUGUUGGCUUUAAACUUUGAUGUAUGUUAAAACCCCAUUUCUGUCACACAGAAAAACUGCUUGAACUGCUUAAACUGGCUAGCUUUAAAUUCUGGAAUUUUCUUUUUUUUUUGAGACCUGUGUGAUUGAAUCUCAUGCUCGCCACUGCCUUGUUACUCAGAGCUCCUCACUUGUAUUAUAAUAAGCACUGUUGAUAAAGGCCUGGAAAAAAUUUGGAGAAAAAAAUUAAACGUAAAGAGUGACCUCAAAUA